CUUGUUCUUGCGGCACCACAGAACCAGCACCACAGAACCAACCAACCAACCCAUUCUUGAUUGCUGCACCGUCUCUUCUCCCAACACAACACUGCUCACACCUGCAGCGGAGACAAACAGAGAUGCUGUCAUUGCACUCCACACGGCGGGCCGCAGCCCAGGCAACACGGCUGGCGGCAUGCGUGAGCACAGCAGCCCGCAGCUCGUCCACCCUGCAGGACUCCGACCGCAUCUUCCAGAACCUGUAUGGCAAGCACGACUGGGGCCUCAAGGGCGCCAUGAAGCGGGGCACAUGGUACAAGACGAAGGACAUUGUGCUCAAGGGUGAUGACUUCAUCCUUGAGGAAGUGAAGAAGUCCGGCCUGCGCGGUCGCGGCGGUGCUGGAUUCCCCUCUGGCCUCAAGUGGUCUUUCAUGAAGGGUGCCACAGAUGACCGACCAAAGUACCUCGUCGUCAACGCAGAUGAGGGCGAGCCUGGCACAUGCAAGGAUCGCGAGAUUAUGCGCCAUGAUCCACACAUGCUGAUUGAGGGCUGCCUGGUGGCCGGCCGCGCCAUGAACGCGCGUGCGGCAUACAUCUACAUCCGUGGCGAGUUCUUCCAGGAGGCAAGCAACCUGCAGGUCGCCAUCAACGAGGCGUACGAUGCGGGUCUGAUUGGCAAGAACGCGUGCGGCAGCGGCUAUGACUUUGACGUCUACCUCUUCCGCGGUGCUGGCGCAUACAUUUGCGGCGAGGAGACGGCGCUGAUUGAGAGUCUUGAGGGCAAGACGGGCAAGCCACGCCUGAAGCCGCCAUUCCCUGCAAACGUUGGUCUCUUUGGCUGCCCGACCACCGUUGCCAACGUGGAGACGGUUGCCGUCGCCCCCACCAUCCUGCGCCGCGGCGGUGACUGGUUUGCAGGCUUUGGUCGCAAGCGCAACGAGGGAACAAAGCUGUUUGCCAUCUCUGGAAACGUGAACAACCCGUGCGUGGUUGAGGAGUCCAUGUCCAUCACGCUUCGCGAGCUCAUUGACAAGCACUGCGGCGGCGUGACUGGCGGCUGGGACAACCUGCUUGGUGUCAUCCCUGGUGGCUCGUCCGUGCCCGUGCUGCCCAAGCACAUUUGCGACGACGUGCUGAUGGACUUUGAUGCGCUUGCAGCGGAGAAGUCUGGCUUGGGCACGGCUGCCGUCAUUGUGAUGGACAAGAGCCAGGACAUUAUUGACUGCAUCGCCCGCCUCAGCGACUUCUACGUCCACGAGAGCUGCGGACAGUGCACCCCCUGCCGUGAGGGCACGACGUGGCUGGCGAAGGUGAUGCACCGGUUUGUGCGCGGCGACGCCGACAAGGAGGAGAUUGACAUGCUGUACGAGCUGACGCGGCAGAUUGAGGGCCACACCAUCUGUGCGCUGGGCGAUGCUGCUGCGUGGCCGGUGCAGGGCCUCAUCCGCCACUUCCGCCCGGAGAUUGAGGCGCGCAUUGACGCGUACAACAAGUCCAAGGCCGACGCCAUCCUCGACGCCGCCACCGCCUGAGCUCCGUGAUCGUAGUCGUGGUCGUGGUGGUGGUGGUGGUGGCUGGUGAAUGAUGGCGGUGCUGAUUCGGGUUGGUGGGUGCGAUGGUGACAAUUUGGGUGCACACGCAUGGGUGCGGAUGUCAUGGUUUGGUGUGCUUUGAGGGACUGAUUGUGGUGAUGCAUGCACGUGGUGCGGGUUGAAGUCAGUUUUUCACUGCUCCUUUGCUUUCGCAAUUCGACUUGUGUCCCUUCCUCCAAUCGCCCCAUUUGUGUGUCUUGCCGAGUUUGAAAGCGUGUGUGAGGAUCGCCAGGUUUUAUGUGUGUGUGUGCGUGCGUGCGUAUGCGUGUGCAUUUGUUGUUGUGCUGUGGUUGUUGUUUCAUCGAACGUCCUUCAUAAUGCGGUGCAGUCAUUUCGUGAUGGCGGUGUUGCGUGUAUGUGUGUCUCGUGUAUGGCGUAGCUUUCCUGCUUGUGUGGCGGGGUGCGUGUGUGUUUUAUGCACAAAAGAAAAGACCACAUUCCAGUA